AUGUCCCAGCCCAAGUCCAUGUCAAUCCCUAUACCUAUACCAGCCCCAACGAGGGCUAGCGACGGUGGCGAGAAUCCGAUGUAUCUUUCGACAUCCGAGCCUUCUUCGUUCAAGUCGCAAAUGUCGUCGUUGUCCAUCGCCUCCUCGGAGGCAAGCUCCCAAGGUCGCAUUGCUUCAACACCAGUCACCUCGUGGCUUGAGAAGGUCCACAAUGCUCUUCACAAACACACUGUACCCGAGGUGGACCCGGACCUCGAGCGUACCAGAGUUAGGGUUAUACAAGCUCUCGCGUCGAUCGGUACCAUAGCUGUUCCACUUGCGAUUGAAGCUGUGUCUUUGGCACCCGUUCCCGGGAUGUCCGUCGUCGGGAAGGUCUUGCAGAGCAUCUGGGACUCGUGCCAGCUGAUUCAGACGAAUCGAUGCCGAUGCCUUCGAAUCACGGAAAGGUGUGCAACGGUGCUGAUGGCUAUCAACAAGAUCGUUUCGCGUUCGAGCUCCAUCACGCAGAAGGAGCUGGACGAACCUUUGCGGGAACUCCAAGAACGUUUCCAGCGAUUCGAACGUUUCGUGAAACAGCAAACGGAACUUUCUUUCUUGACCAAGAUUUUGAACAAAGACGAUGUCAAGGACCAAUUGGACAGACACGACCAAGAUAUCCGGGACUGCGUCAAUUUAUUCCAGACUGACAUUGACAUUCGCAUUCUCGACGCAGUGUUGAGAAUCACCGACGGCGGAAGACCAGCUCCUGUUGUCAUGCCCUCCUCGCAUUCCGCUCCGCAUUUCCCAACGGUCCCCGAUCACGACCUUGGUGAUUUGGACUCUCUCCACUCGUUUCCCGGAUUUCCGUCGGGACCGGCACAGCCAAUGCUUCUCGGAGGUGGCGACGCAGCUUCGGAUCUGAGCCAACGACUGCAAGCCAUUCACAACGGACAAAACCGCCUUGACAUCGCCCGGGACAACGAAGAGCUGGCGGAGGAGAUGCAGUCUGCCCUCCAGGCCAGCAACCUGCCUGUGACCAUGCUUUUGCAGAUCGCAGUGGAUGAGAUCCCGACUGCAAUCACGCUGCUGUUGAAUCAGCUGGAGCGGCUCAAGCAGCAGGAGGAUCAGGCGGUCCAGCUGUUCCAGUCGCACGUCGGGCAUCCAAGAAUCGUUGCGUCUGAGGUUUCUCCGUCUCCGCGGAUUCGGGCGCUGAGCUGGCCCCUGGAUGGAGUUCCAGCGAGACGACUGCUGCACCGGCAUUUCAUGGAGGCAACACUGGACGCGCUGAAACAGGAAUUAUUGGGAAGAUCGGUGCUGUCUCGAGCGCAUCCGCUUCUUCGGUCGCCUACUGUUCAAGGAGCGACAUGGAGAGUCGUCUCUCCCUCGUCUUCCUCAUCCCUUUCCGACUACAGCUCUGCUGUUUCAACCACGACGAUGGCCUCAUGCUCAAAUUACGACAGGGAAGAUCUUGGCACCUUUACUCAUUCUGCAGACCUCCCCGUCACUGACUCGGCGAUCGAUUUAUCUACAUCAUCGGGAAAAUCGCCAGCAGAGACCGAGAUCUGUUACCGCAUCUCAUUAUCACAUGCGUUCCAUCACUUGAGCCCCUCGCUUCCAUUGUGGUCCCCCAGCUUGGUAGAAAUGGGAGCCGUCGGAUACCUCUCGAGGCCGACCGGCGAGUUCCGAACUCUCUUCAAUUCGCGUUUUCCCGACACCACAUCUGCCGGAAGCAAACUACGAGGACUGGCUAUCCCCGCGCUGUCGUCGGUACGCAUCAUUGCGGAGGAGCAGAGCGAGGAGAGCGCGACCAUCAAAGCGAAGGGAAAGAGAUUCCUGACCAAGCUCACGAGCAACUCCGCGGACAAAUACAAGCACACUCACCACAUCUCCUCGUACGGCGAGACGGCGCAUCUGAUUGCGGAGAAGGCGGUGUACCAUUAUUUUGACUCGCUGGAGUCGCCCAAGCGGUGGUUCAGAGCGCAUGCCAAUACUAUUUUGGCGGCUUUCAAGGAUGAGGUGCUCGGAAAGGACGAGUUAAUUAUGGUCACUGGUACGGUCAAUGUGCGAGACUAUGCUUUGCUAGUUGAUCACGGAAACGAAAAAGAGCUCAGACGUCACCGCUUUCACGUCUAUUCUCACCGGCAAAUGGGAAAGCCAUGGGGAACGUUUGACCAUAAGCCCGAAACUGGCUCUUUGGAUCUUUCGAGACCGCAAGAAAGACCUACGAGCUCCCAGACGAUGUUCAAGGUAUCUGAUGUUGGACCUGAAUUGGCCACUGUCCUGCUGUCGCGCUUGAGAUUCAGUCCGAAUCAACUGGAGCCCACCUCGCAGUGACAUCUGAGUAAUUUCCCUCUCAUUCUCUUGAUUAUUCUAGUAUAUCGCGCAAAAUUUAAUCGCAUUCGCCAUUUUAAACUUCGGAGUCGGAAGUUGAA